AUGGAGAAGAACGGCGCUCCGUGCGCCCCGCCGCCUGCGGGCUCCCAGACAGGGGUUUCUCCAGCCAACCUCUCCGCUGCUCCUCCCCACAACUGCAGCUCCGUGGACUACGUGUACCAGGACUCGGUCGCCCUGCCCUGGAAAGUACUCCUGGUCUUGCUGCUGGCGCUCCUCACCUUGGCCACCACUUUCUCCAACGCGUUUGUGAUCGCCACUGUGUACCGGACGCGGAAGCUACACACCCCGGCCAACUAUCUGAUCGCCUCCCUGGCGGUGACGGACCUGCUCGUCUCCAUCCUGGUGAUGCCCAUCAGCACCCUGCAAACGGUCGCCGGCCGCUGGACCUUGGGCCAGGUGGUCUGCGACUUCUGGCUGUCGUCGGACAUCACCUGUUGCACUGCUUCCAUCCUGCACCUCUGUGUCAUCGCCCUGGACCGCUACUGGGCCAUCACGGACGCCGUGGAGUACUCGGCUAAAAGGACUCCCAAGAGGGCGGCGGUCAUGAUCCUGCUCGUGUGGGUUUUCUCCAUCUCCAUCUCGCUGCCACCCUUCUUCUGGCGUCAGGCCAAAGCCCAGGGCGAGUGCGUGGUGAACACCGACCACAUCCUCUACACGGUGUACUCCACGGUGGGCGCCUUCUACUUCCCCACCUUGCUCCUCAUCGCCCUCUACGGCCGCAUCUACGUGGAAGCCCGCUCCCGGAUUUUGAAACAGACCCCCAACAAGACCGGCAAACGUUUGACCAGAGCCCAGCUGAUAACCGACUCCCCUGGGUCCACGUCUUCGGUCACCUCCGUUAACUCGCGUGCCCCCGACCUGCCCAGCGAAUCGGGCUCCCCGGUGUACGCGAACCAAGUCAAAGUGCGAGUCUCCGACGCCCUGCUGGAGAAGAAGAAACUCAUGGCCGCUAGGGAGCGCAAAGCCACCAAGACCCUGGGGAUCAUCCUGGGAGCGUUCAUUGUGUGCUGGCUGCCCUUCUUCAUCAUCUCCCUGGUGAUGCCGAUCUGCAGAAGUGCAUGCUGGUUCCACCAGGCCAUCUUCGACUUCUUCACGUGGCUGGGCUAUCUCAACUCCCUCAUUAACCCCAUUAUCUAUACCAUGUCCAACGAGGACUUCAAACAAGCGUUCCAUAAACUGAUACGCUUUAAACGCGCAAGUUGACUUGUCCGUGGCAUUGGGGGGGUCACCCAAGUGGCCUUUGGGGACCAUGCUGUGUCUGGUUCCACAGGUAGGUCGACUCUUCUUUCACUGUUGCUGGG